AUGGGCAGGCGGAGGCUGCGUGCGCCGGCCGCGGCGCUGGGGCUGCUGCUGUGCGCUGUGCUGGGGCGCGCCACGCCGGCCCAGGGCGGCCGGGUUGGGGACCACGGGGCUCCCGCCCAGCGCUUGUGCCCCGCUCCCUGCCGAUGCCUCGGGGACCUGCUGGACUGCAGUCACCAGCGACUGGCGCGCCUCCCCGAGCCGCUUCCCUCCUGGGUCGCCCAGCUGGACUUAAGUCACAACAAAUUGUCUUUUAUCAAGGCAAGUUCGAUGAGUCACCUUCACAACCUUCAAGAAGUGAAACUCAACAACAAUGAAUUAGAGACCAUUCCAAAUCUGGGACAAGUCUCGGCAAAUAUUACACUUCUUUCCUUAGCAGGAAACAGGAUUGUUGAAAUACUACCUGAACAUUUGAGGCAGUUUCAAUCCUUAGAAACUUUGGACCUGAGCAACAAUAAUAUUUCAGAACUGAAAACUUCAUUUCCACCCAUGCAUCUCAAAUAUCUGUAUAUCAACAGCAACCGAGUCACUUGGAUGGACCCUGGGUAUUUUGACAAUUUGGCCAACACCUUAGUGGUAUUGAAGCUGAAUAGGAACCGGAUAUCAGCUCUCCCACCCAAAAUGUUUAAACUGCCCCAGCUGCAGCACCUUGAGUUGAAUCGGAAUAAGAUUAAAAAUGUGGAUGGACUCACAUUCCAAGGCCUUGGAGCUCUGAAGUCUCUGAAAAUGCAAAGAAACGGAGUAACAAAACUUAUGGACGGGGCUUUUUGGGGACUGAGCAACAUGGAAAUCUUGCAGCUGGACCAUAACAACCUAACAGAGAUUACCAAGGGCUGGCUUUAUGGUUUGCUGAUGCUGCAGGAACUUCAUCUCAGCCAAAAUGCCAUCAACAGGAUCAGCCCUGAUGCCUGGGAGUUCUGCCAGAAACUCAGUGAGCUGGACCUAACUUUCAAUCACUUAUCCAGGUUAGAUGACUCAAGCUUCCUGGGCCUAAGCUUACUAAAUACACUGCACAUUGGGAACAACAAAGUCAGCUACAUUGCUGAUUGUGCCUUCCGGGGGCUUUCCAGUUUAAAGACUUUGGAUCUGAAGAACAAUGAAAUCUCCUGGACCAUUGAAGACAUGAAUGGUGCUUUCUCUGGACUUGACAAACUGAGGCGACUAAUACUACAGGGAAACCGCAUUCGAUCUAUUACCAAAAAAGCCUUCACUGGUUUGGAUGCAUUAGAACAUCUAGACCUGAGUGACAACGCGAUCAUGUCCUUACAAGGCAAUGCAUUUUCACAAAUGAAGAAACUUCAGCAAUUGCAUUUAAAUACAUCAAGCCUUUUGUGUGAUUGCCAACUAAAAUGGCUCCCACAGUGGGUGGCAGAAAACAACUUUCAAAGUUUUGUAAAUGCCAGUUGUGCCCAUCCUCAGCUGCUAAAAGGAAGAAGUAUUUUUGCUGUUAGCCCAGAUGGCUUUGUGUGUGAUGAUUUUCCUAAACCCCAGAUCACGGUUCAGCCAGAAACACAGUCGGCAAUCAAAGGCUCCAAUUUGAGCUUUAUCUGCUCAGCUGCCAGCAGCAGUGAUUCCCCAAUGACUUUCGCUUGGAAGAAAGACAAUGAACUAUUGCAUGAUGCUGAAAUGGAAAAUUAUGCACACCUCCGGGCCCAAGGUGGCGAGGUGAUGGAGUAUACCACCAUUCUCCGGCUACGCAAUGUGGAAUUUACCAGCGAAGGGAAAUAUCAGUGUGUCAUCUCCAAUCACUUUGGUUCAUCCUACUCUGUCAAAGCCAAGCUAACAGUAAAUAUGCUUCCUUCAUUCACCAAGACGCCGAUGGAUCUCACGAUUCGUGCUGGGGCCAUGGCUCGCUUGGAGUGUGCUGCCCUGGGCCACCCAGCCCCACAGAUAGCUUGGCAGAAAGAUGGGGGCACAGACUUCCCUGCAGCCAGGGAGAGACGCAUGCAUGUCAUGCCAGAGGAUGAUGUGUUCUUUAUUGUAGACGUGAAGAUCGAGGAUAUUGGCGUGUAUAGCUGCACAGCACAAAACAGUGCAGGCAGCAUUUCUGCAAAUGCAACUCUGACUGUUCUAGAAACGCCAUCAUUUCUGCGGCCCCUGUUAGACCGGACAGUCACCAAGGGAGAAACUGCCGUGCUGCAGUGCAUUGCUGGUGGCAGUCCCCCGCCACGACUGAACUGGACCAAGGAUGACAGUCCUUUGGCGGUCACGGAGAGGCACUUUUUUGCAGCCGGCAAUCAGUUGCUGAUCAUUGUGGAUGCCGACGUCAGCGAUGCUGGCAAAUACACAUGUGAAAUGUCCAAUACUCUGGGCACCGAAAGAGGCAACGUGCGCCUCAAUGUGAUCCCCACGCCCACCUGCGACUCCCCUCAGAUGACGGCCUCUUCGCUCAACGACGACGGCUGGGCCACUGUGGGCGUUGUGAUCAUCGCAGUGGUGUGCUGUGUGGUGGGCACGUCCCUCGUGUGGGUGGUCAUCAUCUACCACACGAGGCGAAGGAACGAGGAUUGCAGCAUCACCAACACAGAUGAGACCAACUUGCCAGCAGAUAUCCCGAGUUAUCUAUCAUCUCAAGGGACGUUAGCUGACAGGCAGGAUGGGUAUGUGUCCUCAGAAAGUGGAAGCCACCAUCAGUUUGUCACUUCCUCAGGAGGUGGAUUCUUCUUACCACAACAUGACAGUAAUGGAACAUGCCAUAUUGACAACAGCAGUGAAGCAGAUGUGGAAGCUACCAUGGAUCCAUUUCCAUGCUCCUAUUUGGGGCUCUCAGGCCCUGUGUAUCUGAAGGGGAAUGUCUAUGGCUCAGAUCCUUUAGAAGCUUACCAUACAGGCUGCAGUUCUGACCCAAGGACAGCUUUAAUGGAUCACUAUGAACCCAGUUACAUAAAGAAAAAGGAGUGCUACCCCUGCCUUCAUCCUUCAGAAGAGACAGGUGAACAGAGCGUUAGUGAGCUCGGAUGGCCCUCACAUGUCAGAAAGCUGAUCAGCUCUACUCACAUUCAAAACGAAGGACCUGGAAUGAAACCUUUGUGUCUAAACAAGUCCUCUUUAGAUUUCAGUCCAAGUCCAGAAUUAGCUUCAGUUACUCUGAGUAACUCUUUUAUGGGAACAUUUGGAAAGCCUCUGCGAAGACUGCACCUGGAUGCCUUUUCAAGCUUUGGACAGCCGUCAGAGUGUCAACCUAGAACCUUUUACAUGAAAGCUCAUUCUUCCCUGGACUUGGACUCUGAGUCAGAGGAAGAGAGGAAAGAAAGGACAGAAUUUCAGCAAGAAAAUCAUACAGGUGCCUAUAAACAGACCUUAGAAAACCACAGGACUCCAAAUUUUCAGUCUUAUGACUUGGACACAUAGACCGAAUGGAACCAAAGGAAAGUUCUAACAUACUACCUCAUGUGGACUUUUAUUUAAAAGAGAAUCCUAUGCUUUAAAAUGGAGUUAUGAAUUUCAAAAGGAAUAAAAAACUAUUUAUAUAAAUGGACUAAAAUUACAAAAGGUUACAAAAUUUUUAUACUGGGAUUAACUUUCAUAUAAGAGUACCUUUUAAAACUAUUUUAUAACUUGUGUGUUUCAUGAAAAGAGGUAUCUUAUGUAAAUUAAUGAUAUAAAUCCAUGAAUAUUUUAUGUAUUUUUAUAAUGCCAGAUUUCUUUUCAUUGAAAAUGAGUACUAAAGCAUUUUAAAUAAUAUCUGUGUUGUAUUUUUUUUGAUGAACAGAUUUUUUUAUUUUAUUACACACAUUUAAUAAAAUGUGUCAUUAUGAUAUUAA